AUGAAUAAGAUGAACACGGCCACUGUUGGGCUGGCCGUAACACCCACUGUGCUCUCGACAUUUGUAUCACAUUUUCUCAACCGCAAGCCCUUACACCAACGCCCGACGGCUCAUCUCUCCUACGACGAGGGCCUGCACCUCAUCCGCUCGUUCCUGCAGUAUGUCUCCCACCACACCGUCGAGGAGCUGCAGGCCUUCACGGCCCAAUGGGUCCCGCACCCGCAAUGGAUCAAGGUCGACGACGUAACCGUCCCUACCGACCAGCUCGAACACGCCGCCCGCCUACUCGAAGCCCAACUCGGUCCGGAGGGCAUUCGCAAGAUCGGCGGGCGCAAGUGGUGGCAAUGGCGAAAGCCCGACCCAGGCACGCUGAAGGCCGAGUGGAUCGAGAUGCGUUCGGACUACAACGACCGAAAGAAGAACAAGGACGCCGGCAGGCGGAUCAUGCUCUAUGUCCACGGCGGCGCCUACUUCUUCGGCAGUGUCGACAUGCACCGCUACCAGAUGCAGCGCCACGCGCGGAAGCUCAAGGCGAGGAUAUUCGCACCCGACUACAGACUGUCGCCUCAAUUCCCCUUCCCUUGCGGCCUACAAGACUGCCUGGCCGCAUAUCUGUACCUUCUCACCGUGCAAGAACCGGACACAAUCGUGCUGGCGGGCGAUUCUGCCGGGGGCGGCAUGGUGCUGUCCAUGCUGGUCACUCUGAGGGACCAGGGGUUGCCGCUCCCUGCUGGUGCGGUGCUGAUGAGCCCUUGGGUUGAUCUUACACACUCUUUCCCAUCGGUAGCAGGCGAAGCUCCUUUCGACUAUAUCCCGCAGUCUGGCUUCCACCACAAGCCAUCACCAGCAUGGCCACCUCCCGAUGAUGAAGAACUGAAGGAGCUGAAGAGGCUGGCUUCGCUGGAGAAACAGAAGAAACAACCUCCAACGCAGGGCAAAGACCCGGAAUCAGAGCAGACUACGCCGACGAGUGCCGAUAUCGCUGAAGCCUCCGGGACACACCUGUCCCUUGUCAUGGAUGGCAAGACGAUGUACGCAACCAAUGAGCUCCUGUCACAUCCUCUCGUCAGUCCAAUUAUGCAGGCAAGUCUUGGAGGUCUGCCUCCGCUCCUAGUUAUGGUCGGUGGCGGAGAGAUCCUCCGAGACGAGCAGAUAUAUCUCGCCCACAAGUGCGCCAACCCGUCCAAAUAUCCGCCGCCCGAGUCGGCUCUGGACGACAGAGGUCGGGAGCAGAUCAAACAGUACAAGCCGACGGAUGUGCAGCUUCAGGUCUGGGACGACCUAUGUCACGUCGCCCCGACGCUCAGCUUCACCAAGCCGGCAAAGUACAUGUACCGUUCCGUGUCCCAGUUCAGUGCUUGGGCACUGGCGAGAGCACAAAAGCGGGAUAUCGACAUUCUGGAUGACGACGACAUUUCUGUCAUAUCAACCUCAAGCUCCGACUCGGAUAAGGAAGAGGUCACAAAGCGCGACGAGGAGGCCGCCAUGCAAGAAUCUAAAGGCCAGGUUGGCAAGGCCGGGGACGUUCUGCCACCAUUCAAAAGCCACAUGAUCCGGCAGCGAGUGACACGGCACGGCGUCAUCUUCCCCAUGGCUCCAGCCUCUGAGCUCCCAGGUUGCACAAUGCCAAGAGAGCUCGUCGGUGUGGUAAAGGAAGGCACCGUAAAGAAGUGGCUCAGGCAGAAGAACGAAUGGGACCGUCGUUACGCAUCAACCAAGAAGAAAGUCCACAAGAAGUUCGUGCAGGACUUGACCGUUGGGUACGAGGGCUUCGGCGAGGGGGAGUUGCCGCCUCCCAGUGCGCUCGCAGGCAGGAGGAAGAAGGGCGACAAGGAGGUCACAGGGGUGGCCAAACGUGCCAAGAGUGUGGGACUAGCAAUGUGGUCUGGCUGGGGGUCGAAGCACGACAAGAUGACCAUGGAUCGAGAGGAAAAGGCAGAGAAAGACGGUCCCGACGGAGUCGAGUUUACAGCCGCGACUGCGGCGGAAGGCGAGGGCGCGCGGUCGUACGCUGAGAUUGAAAGACAGAGUACCGCGGCACCGAACUCACCACCACCUGGGAGCCCCAGGAGCCCUAGGAGCCGCUCGAGGAGGGUGACGGUCAGGGACGAAAGACAAACAGAAGAGGCGGACGAUGUCGAUGAGAACACCAGUGUUGCGCAGCUACUGGCCAAUAGGGAAGACAAGGAGGCGAAGAAGCCGGUGCCGCUGCUACUUACCCCGGACUACACGCCAGAAGUAGCGAUAGGGACAACAGGGAAGCGCCCUUAUGUGGAUGGCAUAGCAGUGCCGUUCAGUAUUAAGAAAGAAGCGGACACGGCGAGCAUGAUGACGCUGACGAGCUACAUGACGCACGGAGGCGGGCCUGCGUCGCCCAGGCUCUCGUCGUCCCGGCCCAUGACGCCCAACACGCUGGCGGACAGGACAAGCAAGGACUUGAGCGAGCUGGAAAAGCGCAACUCGAGCGUUAACGGCGACCACGACGAGCACGUCGUGCCUGCACACGUCGACGGUGCCACGCCUGCGACCCAGACGCCCGCGAUGGAGAGGCCUGCUCUGGAGACGUUCAGUACUGCCGCGGAGGAGCUGCCGAAGGCGAAGGGGCCGUACAGCCCGAGUGAUGUGGACUGA